AGCCGGUGUACAUCACCGCUGUUUCUCUUUGUGUGCUAAACAGUUGUCUUCUCUCUCGCGCGCCGAGUUUUGUCUCGCACCACCCCACCCCGGCGUCUCCACUCCUCCUUCUUCCCCCUCUCCGUACAGGUGAGCAGCUCUUCUGUCCUUUCACUAUUCCUUUCACUCUUAUUAUUCAUUCGAUUGCGUUGCUAAUAUCAUCUUCACCUCGUACUCUCUCUCUCUCUUUCCCUCCUUCAAAAGAAAAAUCGGCGUGGGGCCUUCAGAGGCAAAAAUAAGAAAAAUACCGCUGAUUUGUUUUUGCUGCUUUGAUUAUUCGGCCCUCUCUUUUUCCAUCAAGCGUGCUGUCUCUCUGUGUCCGUGUGUCCGUGUGCGGGUUGUGGUUGCUGCCGGCCGUGGGCUUUUGGGGCUUCGCCGCAGCGAGAUUCCUUUGCCUCUGCUGCGCGUACGCGUUGCUCUUCACGCGUACUUCAACAGCUUCAGCGAAGCACUUGGCACCGACUUUCUCACUUACAAGUUUCUCUCUCCGGGAGGGGAAUCGCCAUGUCCGACGUCACCGCGCAAAUCCAGCUCAGUCCCCUGCGCGAGGUGCCCCUGUCGCCCGUGGAGCGAGAGGAGACGUCCGCUGAGCCGUCCUUUUCGUGUCACUGCGUCGUCGAAGACAUGCGCGGCUGGCCCGCCGCUGCCCCCUUCUCCCUCUCCGUUAGUCCGGAGCGCACGACGAUACCGCAGUCGCCCUCGCAGGACGUCCACCCGGGCAGCUGCACGAACCCCUCACCUCACGGACUCUCUUCGCCGGAUCAGGCGGAUGUUGUGAACGGCACCGACACCGCCGCUACCUCCGCCGGUGCUGCUGGCAUUAACGGGGCUGCAUCGGACGCGCUGGCAGCCGCCGCCGCCACGCAUCAAGGCUCUGGUAGUGCUUCGUACAGCCGCAACGGUGACACCGUCGCACUGGCCAGCUCCGUCAGCGGCUCACACGUGACGCAAGACGGGAUGGUGGUGCCGCCUAUUCAAGGAAUUCCCCAGUCGAAGGGCACGGCGACGUCCGCACCGGCGCCGCACGCGAAGGUGAACUGGAAAGACAGAAAGGUGCCGCCGCGGACGAAACUAGCGGUCAAGGGCGCCUUCUCGAACAUGACCACCGUGGACGUGCUACGGCAGGUGCGGCCUUUGCAGACGAAGACGAGACAGGUAGAGGCGGCGGGCUGGUCCAAGCUGGGCUACGAUGAGCUCGAGGAAGAAGAGGAAGCACCCCAUGCGUACGCAGCACCGCCAUCGCCGCAGCAAGAAGAAAGGGGAGCGAAGCGCGAUGACAGCGACGGUGCGGAUGACGAUCGGGAUGACUGGGAUCGAAGAGUGGAGGCAGAGGAGGCGGCAACGCGCGUGCAUACCGAAGCACCACCUCGACAUCAGCGUGUGUCACCCGAGGGCGUCGGAGCGGGAGGCAGCAGUGUUUCUCGUACUCCUCCACAGGACUCAGCUAUGAAGCGGCCGAACGACCGCGUACCGCUGGUACACACGCCUCGCAACACCGCGUCGGUGCAAGCGGCGUGUCCAAGUCCCUCUGCCGCUUUGCCCGGCGGUGUGGUGCAUGAAGUUGAACCCUACGCCACCCGCACAGCCGCGUCCGCCCAGCGCUCGCCGACGGUCCUCCGCUCGCCACCGUCGCACCUCCUCUCGUCGUACAGGGACGUCUACUCCACCUACGGGGUAGCAGCUCCUGAUCACUACAGCGGCGGCAGCCGCCGUGUCGCUGCUGCGCCGCCCGCCGCAGUGGUGACCACCGCUAUUCAUGAGAAGCCAACGCACGACAACGCUGACGCGACGCACCCGGUUGGGUUUGCGCUCUGUGCCGCCAUUGGGCAGCAGCGCCGUGCAGCGGCGGAGCGGGCUUACCUGGAGCGUGCCGCCGAGGCAGCUGGGGAGCCUCAUCCUCUGGCGAACAAAAACCGCCCUACCAGCGCCGGCGAUGUGCGCGGGGCGAGGCGGCCGCGGAAGAUGUCGCUGCUGCCGCCGCCCCGCGGGUACGAAGCCUUCGCGCAGAAGGGCCACGCCCGCCGGACCGCGGCGGAGCAGGAGGAGGAGCAGCGCCAGAGGGACGAGGUGAGGAACUGCACCUACGUUCCUCGCAUCAAUCAACGUCGCUCCCCUUCUGCGGUAAAUACCGGCACGGCGUCGCGAAAGGCCUCGCAGACGUCCACAAAUGUGUUCGACGGAGGCAAAGCGGCGGCGACAUCGCCAUCGCCGCAGAGCAGCGCACCGGGUGACAGCUCAGAGUCAAACGCUUCUGUGUUUGAGCGGCUAGUGAAGGAGGCGGCGCAGCGAGAUGCACGGCUGCGUCAGCUCGAGCUGAAGUAUACACCGUCCUUUGUGCCACAGCGCAUCACCGCCGCCGCGGCGCCUGUGGUGGAAGAGGGGUCAGCGGCAGCUCCGCCUGCGCCACCGCACGGCCACAGCCGUAACGUAUUUGAGGAAUUGUAUGCCCUUUCCAAGAAACGAACCCCCUCGCCUUCUCCGGCGAAGACGGCGGAUGUGGAACGGAAAGGCCAUUCCGCGAGGGCAGCGUCCGCGCACCCCGGAUGUGCUGAGACCGCGCGAACGCAUCCAAAGGAGGGCGAAGCAAGCAGCGAAGCGGUCGACGCAGGAGCCACAGCCGACGGCGCUGCCGUCCACGUGAAAAAAUCGGAGGCGGAGAUCGCGCAGUACAUCGCCGGCAUGCUGAGCCGCGAGGCAGAGCGGCGCACCCGCUGGACAAAGCAUCAGCUCGCGUUGAAGGCGGAGGACGAAAGGGCGUCUUUGCGCCACCCCGCGUUGAAUCCCAAGACGGGGGAGCUGGCGGAGCGGGCCCGUGCUCGGCACCGCGCGCGGGAAGAACAGCAGAAGCUCCAAGAGGCGGAGAAAGUGAAGCGACAUGAAGCGAAAAAGGUGGCUAUCGGUCGUCCGGCGCAACGCCGGCAGCGGGAGGAGAGAAGUCGCCACCCACAGAAGCCCCAACAGCCGCACCAGACGUCAGCCGCGACCAAAGGCACCACCACAAGCGCUGAAGUGUCCAACGUGGCUACUGAACCAGCGCGGGCGGUGGCCGCGGCAUCCCCCAGCACGCCUGCGCGUCGCUCGCUCGGGGCCGAGUUCUACGAACACCAGCAGAGGACGGAGGAGCGUAAAUGCCGCCACCUGGAGCAGCUACGCCUGCAAAAGGCGGAAGAAGAGUUUAAAGAGUGCACCUUUCGUCCGCGCAUCAACAACGUGUCGGAGAAGAUUGCCCAGCGUGUGCUCGUGGAGUCGUUCGACGUCGCGGAAGACGAUGCAGCGCGACGCCGCGACUUCCCCCAGUUCACCACCCCGCCAGAUGCACCGAUGCUGCGCCAGGGAAGCCUACCCCGCUCCGUCGAUCUCGCCUGCCACGACGGCCGCAGCCUGCUGCACGAGCUGCGCGGAGAGACACCCCCGCAGGACCCCAUCGUGCGCGCGCCGAGUUGUGCGGCGGAUAGCGAGGAGGGAGAGUUUGCAUUGCGAGUUCAGCGGAUUCCACUGGAGGCGGCGCGUGCGGGUCCGUCAGCGGACGACAUCACGCCGCAGCGCUCACCGGAGCCGCUGUCGGCGCAGCUGCGUAAUUUGGAGGAGAUGCUGCGCGAGUGGAAGGAGCUGGAGCGGGAGUGUUCGCCGAUGCUGCGGCGACCUUCCCAGACAGGUGUAGCGGACUAA